UCUACUUUCAGCAUGAGGUCCAGGUAACCAAACAAACACCUCAGAAACCUGUCCCAGCCAAGAUGUCUGGACGCCAGGUGAGUCGAUCCAAUACUUACAGCCAUUUGAGCCAUCCCAGCAAUGCUUCCUUUCCUCCCCGAACUCCAGGCUGGACGCAGUACUCCAAUAUGAACAAUGUCAAGGGCUCGAGUACCCGUUUCCCAAGCGGCUCUGAGUUCAGCACCCCUAGCGGCCCCUCCGAGCAGUCCUUCGGCUCUGCCUCCACAAGUCUUCAUGAGGGGAGAAUCUGCAUGGGCCAGCCCUAUAACUCCAGGUGUGUAGAGCCCAGUCACCUGGUGAAGGGCCCCAAGGUGGCCAAAAAGCCUGCUUCUCAACGCAGCAACCCUCAAUGCCUGCUCUGCACAGACCGUCCAUCAAGCCCCUCCAGCCCUACCUUCCUGGACCAACUCAUCAAAGGCAUCAACUACCUGGACAGAUCCACCAACAUUUUCAGCAGCGGCUACCCCAAAGCUCUGAGCUUGCCUCACCUGGCGGCCACCUGCCUGGAACGAGCUGCCAACUCGCUCUACCUGGACCCAGUGGACCAGGCCCCACCCCGCAGCUAUUCUACUCCCAGCACAAACAUAACCACCGCCUCCCAUCACUAUCCAACCAACAGCUGCCUGGUCCCCUCCAACCGGGACACCAGCUCACUGCAGUGUGUGGGUGGUUCCCCUGGCCUGAGCUGCCAACACCAGGUUCAUAACCAGAGCUUCUCUGCCGAGAUGCCUCAGAGGCAAGGUGUAAAACUUCCAGAGAUCCCUCUGUUUGGCAAUGGGUUCUUUUCCUUAGGUCGUCUGCCCAAGGUCUGGGAAGCAAUACGCUCUGGAUGGAAUGCCCCUGAACCCACCUCUAAGCCCGAGGGCUGGUGGUGACAUGGAUGCCAAUUUUGUCCAGUGGGCAC